CCCCCCUUCUCGUCUUCCCCACACCCUCAGGAUGUCAUUCCGGCCGAUGUUGCAACAGCGGGCUGUGGCUCCGAUCGCAGCCACUCUCCUCGCGGGAGGUAUUGCUCUGUUCCCCAAGAAGACCGCAUUCGCAGAAGAGCCCCGAGACAAUCGGAAACCUAUCUACGAUGACUUCCCAGCCGACAUUCCUGAACCCUCCAAACCCUCUCAGCUUGCUGCGCCUGCCGCACCUGCCGCACCGAAGCUGAUCUCCGCGCCGGCUGCGCAACCCGCUCCCUCUUCGCCCACCCCGACAGAUAUCCUGACCGCUCAGGUCCGACAAGCUCGCCUCUUCCUCUACUCACACUCCCUUGCCGCAGAGCAGGGCUUCAACAACUUCCUGUCUCGGGCCCUCAACAUCGAAAACUGCUUCACCAACACCGUUGCCUCACUCGCACCUUCUGCCGAGUCCGGCGAGCGUCUCCUGCCCGGUGGUGUCUAUGUCGUCGUGACCGCCAUGGCCGGCUCGAUUGUCUCGCGUAACCGUGGCAUCUUCCUCCGCACUGCAUCGCCGCUCGCUUUCGGCACUGCUGCCGCCUACACCCUUCUGCCCGUGACGAUGCGGAAUGUCGGAGACUUGGUUUGGGACUACGAGAAGAAGGUCCCUGCUGUUGCGGAGAAGCACUUGGCUAUCCGUGAGCGUGCGGAGCACAUCUGGUUCACCGGCAUUGCGCACAGCGGAAUGGCGCGCCAGAUGAUGGAGGAGAAGAUUGGUGACACUCGGAAGAAGUUGGAAGAGCUGGUGAGCAAGGGACACUAA